AUGCCGUCGCCUCCGCGCCUCUACACGCAGCAGCCGUCGGAGGAUGCGCUGCCCGAGUCCUCACGCGUUGCAGCGCAGAUGACUUACCGCUCAGCUGGCCUCGGAAUUUACGCUGUUGUCGUUCGCUACUCGACGGUGCCGCUCGAGAAGAUUGCAAUGGUGAUGAACUCGUCGCAGGUCUCCGGAUCGGGCCAGCUCGGCCAGGCUUUCCGGAUCGUCUUCAAGGAGGGGCUUGCGACGCCAUUCCGGACGGUGGGACGCGCCUCCAUUGCUGCCUGGUUCUUCCAGUACUCGGUGAUGGGCUUCAUCUUUCAGACCUGCGACCGCGCCCUCUCCUCUGCAAUGGGUGUCCCGCGAGUGGUGUAUGGGGAGGAGCUGAUGCAGCCGCCAAAGGCGGAGGCGGCGGCGGUAGCGCUCAGUGUGUCAGAGCAGGCGAGGGUGGCUGCCAAGGCGGUGCUGGCCCCCGCGCUCGCCGGUACCAUAGAGUCCGUCGUCGCCAACCGCGCCGAGGCGCAGCGUUUCCACGGCUUGCCCAAACUGGCUGCCAUCGAGACCAAGCUCGGCUGGGGUCCGAUCGCGCGCGCUUGCGGCCCCGGCUUCGUCGCCAACGCCUCGCGAAACUUCGUCAUGUCGGCCACCUCGUUCGUCCUCACUCCCACGCUCUACCAGCGCUACUUCCCGCAAGAGCGCAAAAGCCAGGCGUCGCUCUUCUGGUUCGGCCUCGGCGCGACGCUCUCAUCUCAGCAGCAAGCGAUCCUCGCAAUCUUGGCCACACCAGCUUGUACCUCGGCUCUAGGGACAAACAUCUUCUUCGGCAACGUGAUCGCAAUCACGCAGCAGGCGCUGUGGGGCCGCGCACUCGAUUACGGAGCUGUCAACGGCGGGACGAGCGGCAGGAGCAUCAACUAUGGCGCCGUGCUGAGGGAGGGCCUCAAGGCGGAGGGCGUCGGCGCCUUCCUCACGAUGCCAAAGUGGUUUGCGCGCGUGCUGAUGAACGCACCCAUUCAGGGCACGGUCCCGUGGUUCUACAACGAGGUCAUCUAG